ACUAACACUGUCCGCGGGCGAGUAGAUACGGGCAUUAAUAACAUAACUUCAAGCUCAGAGGUGAAAAGACAUCGACGUUCCUUCCUGAGCAUUAUUGCAUAUACUUGUCAUUUCACAUACACUCGCGCCCACAAUGUCGUUUCUAGGCGGGCCUGAGUGCUCAACGGCGGGCAAUCCGUUGACUCAAUUCUCCAAGCAUGUUCAGGACGACAAGUCAUUACAGCGAGAUCGACUCGUGGGACGAGGCCCAGGCGGCCUUCCGCAAGGUCUCAGGACUCAAGGGAUGAUGGGAGGUCAGGACCAGAUGAUGGAUGAUUUCAUUCAACAGUCUGGUCAGAUUCCGCAAGGCGUGGCGUCGCCCUUUGCCAUGGAUCAGAUGCGGCGGGAGAUCGAAAAUUACUCACAUAGUCCUUUGCGAUCCGGAUCUCCUGCAAACAACUGGGCGGCUGAAUUUCAACCUGGAUUGGAUGACCAAGCUCGGAUGCAGGCUGCUUUUCAGCAGUCGCAGCGCCGGGGGUUCAGUCCGGCCGAAUUUGCACGAUUUCAGCAGAGAACGCCCGAACGAGUUGCAAGUCCAGCGCCACAAGCAUCGAAUGCAGCAAUGCAGGGCUUCCAGCGACCGCUCGGCAUGAAUUACGGCAUGAACAUGGGACUCGGAGGCAUGGGCAUGGGGAUGAUGAAUCGACCAUAUAGCGGCCUUGCCACACCUCACGUGGGCGAAGCCGAUGCUCAGACCAAAGGAAAAGGACGAAUGGUUGAAUUAGACGACCAUGAUUGGGAGGCUCAUUUUGCACAGCUUGAUGCAGAGGGGCAGCAGCGAGAGUUGGAUGCAAAGGCGAAUGCCGCAAUGGAGGCAGAGCUCAGCGAUCUGGACAGGUCAGUCCAAACCGAGACAAACGAAUUUGGUGACUUUGAGGGUAUAUGGAGGAGCAUUCAAGCUGAGAAAGCGGCGAAUAGGCACAUGGCGGAUAACCAAGACUUUGCAACAAUUGCCAACGAACCCACCGUGGACGACCUCGACGACUGGGGUGGCUUCGACCACCCCAUCAACACGCAUCCCGUUGGCUACCGCGAUCCCCAACUCGGCGAGUACAUGUUCGAGGACGACAACCUAUUCGACGACAUUGCGGACCCUUACACGGAAGGCGUACGGAUUAUGGAGGGCGGUGGAAAUCUCUCACUUGCGGCGCUUGCGUUUGAGUCUGCAGUCAGGAAAGAUCCCAUGCACGUACAGGCUUGGACGAUGCUUGGCUCGGCGCAGGCGCAAAAUGAAAAAGAAACACCAGCCAUCCGUGCUCUUGAGCAAGCACUGCGCGUCGACCCCAACAACCUCGAAGCCCUCAUGAACCUCGCCGUGUCCUACACUAACGAAGGAUACGACGCAACUGCCUAUCGCACGCUCGAGCGCUGGCUCGCCACCAAAUACCCACAAGUCAUCGACAAAGCCAACUUGUCCCCUGACGCCGACGUCGGUUUCACCGACCGCCACAAGCUCCACGAAAAGGUCACGGACCUGUACAUUCAAGCCGCCCAGCUCUCGCCCUCUGGCGAACAGAUGGAUCCCGACGUCCAAGUCGGGCUCGGCGUCCUCUUUUACGGCGCCGAGGAGUACGAAAAGGCCGUCGACUGCUUCACCGCCGCCCUGACCUCUACCGAAGCCGGCCUCAGCAACAAACAAGGCCAGGUGCACCUGCUCUGGAACAGACUCGGCGCUACGCUCGCCAACUCGGGCCGCAGCGAAGAAGCCAUUGCCGCGUACGAAAAGGCCUUGACGCUCAACCCCAACUUUGUCCGCGCCCGGUACAACCUCGGCGUCUCCUGCAUCAAUAUCGGAUGCUACGCCGAGGCAGCGCAGCACCUGCUCGGCGCCCUGUCCAUGCAUAAGAUUAUUGAGCAAGAAAGCCGUGAGCGUGCCAUUGAGUUUGCCCGUGCAGGUGGCCGUCCCGUCGAUGAGUCCUCGCUCGAUCAUAUCAUUGCUCAGAACCAGUCGACGAAUCUGUAUGAUACGCUGCGUAGAAGGUCGUUGACAUUCGCAAUGGCAGCUCAAACUGGAGCCCAGAUUAUUGCUAAGACAUUGCGAGAUCUUGGUGUUACGGUUUUGUUUGGAAUUGUCGGAAUUCCAGUCGUAGAGAUUGCCGAGGAAGCUAUCAGCUUGGGAAUCCGGUUUAUUGGCUUUCGCAAUGAGCAGGCCUGUAGUUAUGCUGCAAGCGCAUAUGGCUACCUGACUGGCAAGCCAGGUGUCUGCUUAGUUGUUGGGGGUCCAGGCGUCUUGCAUGCUAUGGCCGGAAUUGGGAAUUCUCAUGCCAAUGCAUUCCCCCUUCUUGUGCUGGCCGGCUCAAGUGAGACACAUCUUCUCAGCAAAGGUGCAUUUCAAGAGCUGGACGCCGUCUCUCUGCUUACACCACACACUAAGCUCGCUAUUCGCCCCCCUUCUUUGGAUUCAAUACCUCAAGCUAUGCAGAGUGCUUACAGGCGCUCUCUGUAUGGCCGGCCUGGCACAAGCUUUGUGGACCUACCAGCCGAUUUGAUCCAGGGCACCCUCUCAAAUCCGGCCGAUGUCGAACCCGCGCAACUCGUCCAAUCUCCACCUCCGCCGGCAGCUGACAAUGCACGAAUCUUCAGAAUUGCACAGCUUCUCAAAUCUGCUAAGGCGCCUCUUAUCAUUGUCGGCAAGGGUGCAGCUUACGCUCGCGCAGAAUCAGCAAUCCGCGAACUUGUAAACAAAACUUCGAUCCCUUUCCUCCCCACACCCAUGGGCAAGGGUAUUUUACCAGAUUCUCAUCCCGCAAAUGUCGCAUCCGCCCGAUCUACUGCACUCAAGCACGCUGACGUGGUUCUCAUCCUGGGAGCUCGCCUGAAUUGGAUCCUGCACUUCGGAGAAGCUCCUAAAUGGAAUCCCGCCGCUCGAUUCAUUCAAGUCGAUAUCUCGGCGGAGGAAAUUGGCACUAACCGGGGAGACCCAAGCCUUGGAAUUGUUGGCGAUGCCGGUCUCGUAACGCUUCAACUUCUCCAUGCUCUUGGUGAUUGGCACUUUUCCCCUUCUUCUUCUUCUUCUUCUUCUUCUUCUUCUUCUUCGCCCUUUAUACUGCAACUUCAGAGCGCAAAGCAAAAGAAUGAAGCAAAUGCCGCUAGAAAAGCAGGCAUAGCAACAUUACCAAUGACAUAUGCUCACGCGUUUGAAACCAUUAAAUCCGCACUUCAUACGCUCUCGCCUCCGUCCGAAGGCGGUAUUGUCUAUGUCUCUGAAGGCGCGAACACAAUGGACAUUUCCCGCUCAGCAUUUCCGGUUGAACAUCCCCGUCUCCGCCUCGAUGCAGGAACUUAUGCCACCAUGGGCGUUGGGCUAGGGUAUGCAAUUGCUGCUCAUGCCGCUUACAACAAUACCGAAGCUCCCGAAAAUCGGAAAAAGAUUGUUGCGCUUGAAGGCGAUUCUGCGUUUGGGUUCUCUGCAAUGGAGGUGGAGACCAUGGCGCGUUAUCAGAUGGAUAUACUCAUCUUUGUUGUCAACAAUGGUGGGAUAUAUCACGGAGAUUCGGAUACUGCGGAAGAAUGGCUCUCUAGGCAGAAACAUUCUACAGCUGCUCCUUCAGCAAUAGCAGAAACCACAAAUAGGACAACGGAACAGAAUCACUACGGGGCCUCGAAAAGCGCCAAUAAUCUUGGCCUUCGCAGCACCAGUUUGGGCUGGGAAGUUGGAUACGAGAAACUCGCCGAAGCGUGCGGCGGGAAGGGCUUUCUCGCGCGUACGCCUGAAGAACUACACACGGCCACGAUCGAAGGCUAUAAAGCCAAGGUACCGGUUAUUGUGAAUGUGAUCAUUGAAGCGGGGAGUGCAAAGAAAUUGGAAUUCGGUUGGCAGGCCAGUUCGCAGAAGAAUCCAUCUGCACGGUUAUGAUCGUAUUAGCAGACCGAGCGGGUAAUGAUACCGCUUAUUCCUAAUUCUAUACUUGAAAUUUUUGUAAACGCAUCUACAGGUUUGAAAUUGUCACUACGUAUAUUCCAAUAGGAAACUCGACGUAGAUAGUUGAGAUGUUUUUAGUUGUGUGUCGCAGAGACAGUUUAAAUAUAAUUCGAAGGAGUCAUAUUAUCUACGGUG